AUGUCCUACUACGAUAUUGAUUCCGUCUUGACUGAUGCCCAGAAACUGCCGUGUACUUUUGAGCUGGAAGUCCCCGGUCUAGGAAUUCUGGAAGGUAACCCCGGAGAGGAUAUCAAAGCGGGGACUCGCAUCGACCUUCCACUAUGGUUGGGUGAGAUGCUUUCAAUCGGUGCGCGCCUGGGUACUUCGCGUCUCGUCACUCUCGACAUGCCCGAGGCCCUUUCAGAGCGGGUGAUGAAUGCACUAAAGGCCGACCCCCGCACAGUUGACCUACGCGCACUAGCACCACACUUCUACAGUCUAAGCGAGCGCAUUCUCGAGAUAUUCGAGGAAGAAGAUAUGGUCGAUGUGCUGAGUGAUACCUUCAAGAAACGGGCUGCAGAAAUCGCCGACCACGCGCAUAACCCGCGUGGUGCCGUGGGAGAGGGCGUGAAUUUCCUCCGGGGGUUAGACGAGACCGAGCGGCAACUGUUCCGUGCGGCUCACGAUCGGGCCAAAGAGAUGCGAAUUUGGUCAGGGGAGACAAAAAGAAAAUGA